GCAGCAAGUCAAUUACAAUCGGAGAUAAUCUUAUCUUAGUUUUACUCCAUAAAUAUUUCACACUUCUAUCCUUCUCAAUGUCGCCGCCGUUCAUCUCUGCCGGACUUUUCCGGCGGCUUUAGGUCUAUAAUCCCCCCAAGUCGAACCGCCGGCGCUUCACUAUACACACACAAUGGCUUUCACAUUCGCACCCUUAAAGCUUCCUUCUCCCCUCAUCUGUCGAGCGAAUUCCACGUCGCCACCGUCGCUCGCCUUCGACGCCGCCUACAUCAAACGCGCCGCCGAGCUAGCGGACAAAUCCGCCGGUUUCACGGCGCCGCACCCAAACUCCGGAUGCGUGGUAGCCAACACUGCCAGUGAUGGAAGACAAUUGGUGGUUGGAGAGGGAUAUCUGUACGCGCAAGGCACCGCUCCGGCAGAGCUGCAGGCGGUGGAGGCCGCGGGCGAGCGCUGCCGUGGCGCCACGGCUUAUCUCAAUAUGGAGCCAAAUCAUUCCCUCGAGGAUCAGACAGCGGUCUCUGCUCUCAUCCAGGCUGGAAUUACUAGAGUCGUCAUUGGAAUUAGGCAUCCUUUGCAACAUCUUCGGGGAAAGGCUAUUAGUGCUUUUAGAAGUGAAGGAUUAAUGGUAGAUGUUCUUGGUGAGGAUCUCCAAUGUAAGAGCAUAGAGGAUGCUCUGAAGUCCUGUCUUCUAGUGAAUGCUCCUCUACUAUAUAGGGCCGCGUGUCAAGUUCCAUUUUCUGUUCUCAAAUAUGCAAUGACCCUUGAUGGAAAAAUUGCUGCUAGUAGUGGGCAUGCAUCAUGGAUAAGCAAUCGACUGUCUAGAACACAGGUUUUUGAGCUGCGUGGUAGAAGUGAUGCUGUUAUUGUAGGAGGAAACACUGUACGCCGGGAUAAUCCGCGCCUAACAGCAAGACAUGGGGGUGGCCACAUGCCUCAAAGGAUUGUAAUGUCCAAAUCUCUUGAUCUUCCCGAUGUUGCAAACUUGUGGGAUGUUACUGAGGUUUCUACCUUAGUUGCAACACAGAGAGGGGCAAAAAGAAGUUUCCAGAAAUACCUUGCAUCGAAGGGUGUUGAAGUUGUUGAAUUUGAAAUUUUAACCCCCAAAGUUCUAAUGGAAUAUUUGUACGACCGUGGCUGCCUUUCGGUUUUGUGGGAAUGUGGAGGCACAUUAGCUGCAUCUGCUAUAUCCUCUGGUAUCAUACACAAGGUUCAUGCGUUUAUUGCCCCUAAAAUUAUUGGGGGUAAAAAUGCACCUUCUCCUGUUGGGGAACUGGGGAUGGUGGAGAUGUCGCAAGCACUGGAAUUGAUCGAUGUACACUAUGAGCAGGUUGGUUCUGAUAUGCUAGUAAGUGGAUUUCUUCACCCAGUUCCCGACUUGAUGCCGGUUAUCCCAUCCAUAGACGAAACUUCUGCAAUCGAUCCCUCUUUUUCUCCAUACGAAUCAAGCAUUAUAUUUUUCUACAAAACAUGGGAUCCUUACGGCGCCUUUUCAAAUUUCUCUCCACAUCCUAUUCAAAUGCCCGAUGAAAAUGGAGACAAUUACAGCUGGCCUAGUGUCGAGCACUAUUACCAGGCUCACAAGUUCGUCGGGUUAGAUGAUCCCAUCGCAAAGACCUAUUUGGAAGCAAUUAAAAAUGCAAAAAGCCCUGAGGAAGCAGCACGAAUCGGAAGGAGAGCACAAAGACAGCGCCCAGAUUUGGUGAGAUCUGAUUGGGAAUCUGCAAAGAUCAGUGUUAUGUACAAAGCUUUAAAAUGCAAAUUCUCUACACAUCCUUGUUUAAAAUCGACCCUGCUGUCUACUGUUGGAUCCGUCCUCGUUGAGGCCUCGCCCCACGAUCUUUUCUGGGGUGGCGGCCGAGAUGGGGAAGGGCUUAACUAUCUCGGGAGGCUGCUGAUGCAGCUGAGGUCUGAGUUUUCGGCUGAGUCUGCGUCGAAUUCCCAGCAGCAAGAAGCUUCUGCCACAGCAUAGCCAGAUUCGAAAACUCCCCUGAAAUAAGGUCAUAGCUCACUCCGUGUCAACUCUAAAUUUUCCAACGAGAACAACACCACAAAAGGGGAGUGAUAAGUGUUUUGAUACCAAGGAACCCAAAGAAGGAAGAAGAUUGCACAAAGGUAAAUAGGAAUACAAAGGAUCACAUCCAAGCGAUGUCUCUCUCGGCUCUCACUCGCUUCACUCCCUUCCAAACCCAUCGCCUCACACACACACACACAUAUAUAGGCUACCAAAAAACCACAUAAAGCCCCAAAAUUAUGAACAAACUUACCUUGUUAAUUGAAGAACAAAGGACCCGAAACAGAAUCAGAUUUGAAUAAGACCAAAGAAGACGGAACAAAUCACCCUUAAAACAUCAAUUUCGGAUUGGAGGAGAAGAGAGGUCGAUAAUGGGUCUUAAUCAAUACGAAUAAGAUUUGGGGAAAGAAGUGUAUGAAUUGGAUCGGUAUAGGCAGGGUUGGAUCGGGUCGGGUCGACCAUCAUGGUUGCAUUGGAGGGCAUAAUCAGAAGCGGAAAACAUGCUAACAUCAUCGCUUUUAUAUAUGCAACUUACCACAGAGAUAUUGCACACAAAAGUAUAUAUAUAUAAGCACAAAGUAAACAUAUAUGCCAACAAAGUAAACAAUACCAAGUUAUAAAAUCAACCCAUCUAAUUUUCAAAGUUAACAUAUAACAAAAACUUUAGAAUAAUAUAAUAUGUACCAACAAAAGGAUGCAACAUAGAGCUACAAAUUGAAAAUAAAUUUCUCAAGGGCAAUAUUAAGUAACCAUUCAGUUUCCACACUGGAUCAAUAGUAGAAACAUUAUCUCUUACUAUAAACACGUCACCUACAACCUCAUCCUCUGUAGUCACAUUCGCUUUAUCACGUUGUUGUUUUCU